CUCACCAGCCUCGGCGCUCUCAUUGGCAUAAAACAAUCUCGCCAUUACCUUUCACCUCCAAUUUGUAGUCUCGUAACAAACAAGAGGAACUUUUCUUCCCAGAAACCAUGGCAGCCAACCAGAUCGUUGCAAUAAGAGGCAAAUUCAAGCGAGCCUCGACUCCCAAGGUCAGAACGGGUUGUAUCACCUGGAUCAGGCACUUGAAAUGCGAUGAAGCAAAACCCUUUUGCCGACGCUGCCAUAACGACAAGAUGAAAUGUGACGGAUACGCACCACCUAAGCCCAAGGCCUCGAAACGCUCCAAGCGUCGAGAUCCUUUGUUGAAGCCUGAAGUCGCUAUCUCAGUGCCGCUGCUAUCUAUGCAGACCGUCGACCAACUCUCUUUGUUAUCAGACCCUGAGAAAGUCUACCUCCAACAUUUUCUGCACUGGACAGCAAAACAACUUUCACCUUCCUCUGCUGCCAUGAACUUCUGGCUCAAAUACGCCCUUCCAAUGUCGUAUCAAUACGAUGCUAUCAGGUAUAGCAUGAUUGCAGUCGGGGCGUCUCAUCGAGCCUACAUGGCCGAUACCCUCCCAUACUCACGUCCUGAUCAUCUGCAGCGUCCUGUCAUCCAACACUACAACAGAGCCAUAUCCUCGAUUCUUCCCGUAAUGUCUGCUCCUUCAAACGAGAACAUUCAUUGCAUAUUGAUUUGUUGUCUACUCUUCAUGACCUGUGAGGGGCUGACUGGUCGGUACGAUGAACUUUUGCAACAUCUCGCGGCUGGCGAUACGGUAUUUCAGUCACUUCGUAAUUAUAGCUCUUCAGAAGACUCGGGUAUGCUAGAGGGACUUGUCGACAUGUUUAGCGAGAUGGGUCUUGAAUCUUCUGGCUUCAUGGGAGACCAUCCUCUCUCGGGCAUCAAGAAGUGGUGUCGUAAUGAUCCUGAAACAGACGCAAGCCACGAUUCACCGUUUACGACGCUCAACGAGGCAUCAUAUGCCUUACACGAACUGAGACUGCAUCAUGAUUUCCAGCCAUGGAAUCCGGAGAGGGAAGACGGUUUGGCCAACGACAAUGCAUUUGAAGAUAUGCUCCACCAAUGGAACUCGCGUUUCGAAGCUUUGAACCAACGAUCGUUGUCAAAAGUAUCGAAUGAUGAGAUAGCGCAUAUCCACACUCUGCAGCUCCACUAUCAAUAUCUGCAGAUGUAUAUCAACGCGUACGAUAACAAAGGACUACAACCUUCGCACCCAUACAAAGCAUUCAUAGAGGCUGCAGAGAAAGUAGCCGCACCUCUAAUAGCGCUAAAUCAACCUACGUUCUCGCUAGACGGAUGUCUGGUCUCAGGUCUAUCAUUUGUCGCUAUAUCGACUGAAGGCGGAGAUGAGAAGUUGCAAGCACUUGGACUCCUUCGGAAGCUGAACCACCGCGAAGGCAUUUUCGACAGCAACGACAUCGUUGAGAUGCAGGAACUGGUAACCAUGGAUAUGGAUUGGGGAUCUGUAUGUGGAUCUGAUUCUGAUUCUGAUAUCGAGGAACCUGAUCCACCACUCAGGGCACCUGCAGGAAUACCGCAGAUGAUUGAGGUGCUUGCUCGUAAGACAGGAAAGACAAGCAGACGGCUGGAAGGCUUGUACCCAUAAGAGGAUACAAAGCUCGGUCGAGGCUACACAUUUAGCACAUCUCCUUAGUCAUUCUUCAAAAUUCAUAACCUCUAUCCAUG